AUGCAGCAGGGUCAAGGCUGGACGGACAGUCAAGCGCAGGAAUGGCGAGACGCGAUCGUUCUUCCAGUAGAAGGCAGCAUUGACGAACAGUCAGCAUCAAGCUCGACUCUGUCAGCACUUCUCACACAUUUCUCUAAGCACCGAAUCCUCACCCUCUUCUCACACACAAGGUUCAAUUGCUCCAUUUGCCUCGAAUCCGUCAAAGGUCGGCUGUGUACGCGACUCGAAGGAUGCGGCCAUGUCUUUUGCACACCUUGCUUACAGGACUACCUCUGCAUGCUCGUCAAGGAGGGAGACUGGCGUGGUGCUCGCCGUUGUCCUGAUCUCGAGUGUACGGCGAUGCCAAGCGGCCUCAUUUCUCGCACCGAGAUUCAGAGUCUAGUUGGAGAGGAGCUGCUGGCCCGUUACGACUGGCUCGAGCUGAAGGCAGUUGCGGAAACAGAUCCGAACGCAACGCACUGCCCCAUCAGCGCUUGCGGCGGGAUUGCUCGUGGUGAUGCACGCGAAGCCGGAACGUGGUCCGAAGGCUUGCGAAUCUGCUCGUCCUGUGGCUACGCCUUCUGCUGCUUCUGCGAAAAAGCCUGGCAUGGCAAGGCUCCUUGCACGCUGGUACAGAUCUCUGCGCUAAUCGAGGAGUAUGCUUCGCUCAUAGAGGGCAGUGCUGAGCAGAAGGCUUUCGAAGCGCGCUAUGGCCGCUCAAAUAUACUCCGACUCACAAGGAUCUACAACGAAGAAAUCGCCAAUCGCAACUGGAUCAGGGAGAACAGCACUGCGUGUCCCUCAUGCUCGGUCAACAUCGUCAAGUCGGAAGGUUGUAACCAUAUGACAUGCCGCGCGUGCCAAGCACACUUCUGCUAUCUAUGCCAGUCGACGCUCUCAGCUGCCAAUCCAUACGUCCACUACAACACGCCGGGUAUUCCAUGUUAUCAGAAGCUAUUCCAUGGCUUGGAGCAUAUGGAGGACGGGGAAGAAUUCGAGCCGUUGCCAUGGGAGGGGUUUCCGCAUGUCGAAGCUAUAUGA